AUGGAACCUAAUAGGGUCGAGCUACCUGCAAUCUUUGAAGAGGCUCCCAUAGAUCAGCUCGUUCAUCUUAUAGCUGAUAUGAUGGAGCGUCUAAUGACCCACAACGAUCGAAUCCCCUUGUCGCCGGAAUGCCUCACGCGCUUCCAUUCCAGGACAGCUCCUUCCAUUACCGUUCUGGAUUACCUGAAACGCAUCGUCAAGUUUACAAAUGUUGAGAAAUCAUGUCUCCUCAUCACUCUAUAUUACAUCGAUAAAAUCUGUACUCGAAUGCCCCUCUUCACACUCUCAUCUCUCACCUGCCACCGAUUUACCAUCGCAUCUAUCACCGUUUCAAGCAAAGGACUUUGCGAUACGUUCUGUCCUAAUCAUCUAUACGCCAAGGUGGGCGGGAUAUCUGUCACCGAGCUCAACAUUCUGGAAAGAGAGUUUCUUUCAAUGAUAGAUUGGCGACUGAUGUGCACUCGCGAAAUACUCCAGGACUAUUAUGUCAAUCUUGUACGGACACACAGCACAGGAAACUUCAUCAUUAGCGGUGGCCAGUCACCCAGCACAUCAUCCGACAGUGACCUAGACUUGGACAGUGGCCAUUCAUCUCCGCCGUCUCCAAUUCCUAGCCAUCGGUCACGUCCUUCAACGGCCGAAUCAUCCGUCAUGCAAGACCUCUCCCAGCGCCCGACCAUCGAGCAAAACAUGGCAUUCGCUGCACUCCAACAAUCUCAGGACUACACAAAUAUCGCCACUGAGCGAAGAUAA